AUGGACGUCUGCUUCAGCUUCGCAGCUGCAGGUCUCUACGUCCUCACUGUGCUGUGGACACUGUCCCGGGGACAUGCUGCAGGACAUGGGGCCCCCCACUGGCCCCGGGGGGGGGCCCUGCUCUGGCCCCUGGGGGGGGCCCUGCUCUGGCCCCUGGGGGGGGCCUCCCUGUGUUAUGUUGUGUCUCCAGCUUUGUGUGGACUCGUUCUCCUGAGCUGCAGCGUCCGUCUGAUCUGGGACAAGAAGACAAGUGAGCUGCUACUGCCAGAGACAAGGGGGGUGCUCAUCACAGGCUGCGACUCGGGCUUCGGUCACGCUCUGGCGAAGCGUCUCAGUCUCAUGGGCGUGAAGGUGUUUGCAGGCGUGUUGGAUGUGGGCGGAGCCGGAGCUCAGCGGCUCAGAGAGACGUCUGAGAACCUGCACGUCCUCCAGCUGGACGUGAGGGACACACACCAGGUAGAGACGGUGCACAGGGACAUCUGCUCGCAGGUGGGACACACAGGUCUGUGGGGUUUGGUGAAUAAUGCAGGAGUCCUCCAGUGUCCCAUGGACGCGGAGCUUCAGCCGCUCGCAGCAUGCCGACGCUGCAUGGACGUCAACUUCCUGUCAGCUGUCCACAUGUGUCAGGUGUUCCUGCCUCUGCUGAGACGAGCCGGAGGACGCAUCGUCAACAUGUCCAGCAUGGCAGCUGCCGUGCCGAUGCCGAUGUUCUCUGCGUACGGAGCGUCCAAAGCUGCUCUGAGCGUCUUCUCUCACGUGAUGAGGGCGGAGCUCUCUGAUUGGGGCGUCACAGUCGCUCUGAUCCAACCUGCAGGAUUCAGAACAAACAUCUUUGGAACCAGUGACAACGUCAGUCGCUACAGAGACGAGGUCCUGGCGGCGGCGUCCCCUGAAGCCAGACGGGAUUACGGGGACGCGUACAUCUCGUCCCUCCCCAGCGGUUUGUCCAGACUGUCCCAGCGUUCAGCGGAGGACCUGUCCCCUGUGGUGGACGACAUGUGUCAUGCUCUGCUGUCCGUCCACCCCAGACCUCUGUACACCCCCGGACAGAUGGGAUGGCUGCUGCCGUUCGUCCACCGCCACUGUCCCACCGCCAUCUUUGACGUCAUUAUCAAGACUUUAACUAAAGACAACGACUGUGAACCGACGGGACUGAGGACGAGCUGA